UGCUGCAGAGGAGCGAGGAAAUUUCUGCAAUGAAGCUGCAAGAACCGGGAUGGGGGAGGCAGCAAGCUGAUACGAGUGGCCGAGCAUCCGUGGCCGUCACGCAGGGGUCUCGCCACCCCGUGCUGCUCCUGGCGUUGCUGGGGCUCUUACGCCUGCCUGCUGCUGGCGGUGACUGUGGGCCUCCACCUCACGUGACCCACGCCAAGCCGUCUGGUGUCAACCUCACCGGCAGCUUCCCCGUUGGAUCCAAGGUCACGUAUACGUGCCUUGAGGGCACCAUCAAACUGCCCGGGAGGUCGAACACUGUGGAGUGCCUGCCUGGGCCUCGCUGGUCGGAGCUGUCCGAGCUCUGUGGCCGCAGCUGUGCUUCCCCCACGAGACUGCAGUUCGCUGCCCUGUCCGAGAAGGACCAGUGGAGGAAUUUCUACCCUGUUGGGAUCACCGUGAGCUACUUCUGCCGCCCUGGCUACGAGAAUAUCACAGAGAGCUUUCCCACCAGCACGUGCCUCCAAAAUUUAACAUGGUCACAAGCUCCCGAGUUAUGCAAGAGGAAAUCCUGCGGGCGCCCAGGCACGCUGCCCAGGGGCCGAGCGCUUCCUCCAACAGACUUUCUGUUCGGCGCAAGGGUGGCCUUGUUCUGCGAGGACGGGUACAAAUUAAGCGGGAGGCAUUUCAUCCAGUGUCAGCUCAAAGGAGACAAUGUUGAAUGGAGUAAAUUUCCAACUUGCGAAUUAAUUACCUGCUCCCCACCUCCCAAAAUUAUCAAUGGAAAGCAUGAUGGUGAAGGUGUAGAACAAUUUGCCUAUAACUCAACAGUGACUUACAACUGUGAUCCUGGCUUCCAGCUCAGCGGAAACGUUUCCAUUCGUUGUACAAGCACAGAUAAAAUAAAUGGAGUCUGGAGUGGAGCUGCGCCUGAAUGUAAAGAGAAAAGAACAUCUGUCAAACUUAAAUCAAAAGAAAUGGAAAAGAGUCGUGCUCUCAAAGAUUCCUAUGGCUACAGCAUCCAAGCAUCUAAGAAGGCUUUCAAAAAGGAAAUGAAAAUCAGCCUCUAUAAAAAGUCACUCCAAAAUACCAUCUCCUUCUCCCGUUCUUCUUCAUUCUCCAGGGCACUAGGUAAUUGUGUUACCUCAGCAUUCAGAUUUGUUGUACCUUUGUAUAAAAGCCAAAGUUACUACUAUGCUGGAAGCAGCCAAAGAUCUGUAUGCUCCCCGAAGUACAUGGGAAUUUCUGGCAUUCUACCCCAGGGUGAUUGCUUUGAAAACUUAAAACGGUCUAAAGUACCAGCACUUUGUGGAACAAGAUCAUGGGCAGCCAGGAGGACCAGAACAUGGCAGAAGUGCUGUUACAGCAGAUUUCCAAUUCGUUGCAAAGGAAUAUUUUACCCGUAAAAUGGAAGACUGUAUCAAAUAAGCAGCUUGGCAUAACAUCUAAAACCAGCUGCACCGCAAGAAAUGCCACUUUGCCUUGUACUUCAGUGACUCGGCUCUACUCUCCCAAAAUAGGAGUCCUGUAAAAUCAGCAUGUCAGUGCCAGAAGGCUGGAGCAAGUGAUGUGAAAAGGGAAAAGUGGAACAACGCCUGCAAACUCCAGUAUUUGAGGGAGGAAAUGGCUCAGACGUUUCUGAGGUGCAGUGCUCCCUCCCCUCCCCCCCCCCCAAAGUAGGUGGAUUUCUCCUUCUUUGAAAUUCUGACCAAGAAUCUGCAAGCAAAAAGCUUCACUCUAGGCUAAUCUUGGAGAGCAUGUUCUUUCCCUCAGACUGCCUGCAUGGCCCAUGGGACACAUGGUGGCAAUCAGGCGGAGAGAUUUAUCUGCAGCUUCAGAGCAGUUUGUGUUGUGGCUUCUCUCCUCCAAUGAUGCCGUGGCAGAAGGACAUCAGUAAAGGAAAAGCUGAAAGGAGGCGCUUGCGGUUUGCUUGCGUGAUUGCAAAGACAACUGUCACAUGCUCUAAGAUGCUGCUGCUCUUCCAACCAUCUCGCUGUAAAUGUAACGAUGACUAACUGUAAGGAUGACACAGUUCAGUGUGAUCCUACCUAUAUAAAUAUAUUGUCCUCUUUCUUAAAAAGAUAGCAUGUGAGCACAAAUGAUAUAAAACCAUCCCCGCGUUCUGUUUGUAAAGCGCCCCGUGCAAUGGUCAUACUUGUUAGGACUCUUAAACUUCAUUUGCAAAUAGAGAAGAAGUGAGAUCAGAUCUGUCUCAUAUACACAGAUAACAUAUUUUUUUAUUUUUUUAAUUGUAGUAUGUUUUAAAGUUCCAAUGCUGAAAAUUACUUACCUAAGAAUUGGUUAUUUCCCAUGGUUGUUUCUCCCACCUGAGAUUUUCUCUUUUAGUCGUUUCCUUCUAACAUCACAGGCACAGUUCCAAUUCCCUCAUGAUCUGAUUUGAUCUUUUGCAGACUCAAGAAGGGAAGGUGCAAUUUCUCCAAAGCCUUUCAGGCCUUCUUGAGAAUUUCUGAAAUAUCUCGGUAAUGCUACAAUCAGUUUGACUGGGAGUUUCCCUUGUCACAGAUUUCCUCACCUGCUGGCAACACAGACCUACUACCAUAGCAAUCAGGGUAAACACAAAGACACCUGGGACAGGCUGUAAGUGAGAUGCAAAUACCAAACCCAGGACUUAAUCUCCGCUGGGCUGAGUCACUCCUUUAACAUAUUAAUUCCUCGUUGUCAAACUAAUAGUCUCAUUGCAGAUAUAUCCAUGUUAAAUGUCAGCAUGGUUUUGCUGAAAUCAAAAGACUGACUUAUCUUGCUAAGUUAUACACUCAUCUCUUAUAGGAAGUCAUAGUACUUUACAUGUCAAAAUGAAUGUUGUAGGAUAUUUACAUUUUCAAUACUUUUAGCACUUUCUUUAGCAAAAGCUUGUUUUUGUGUCACCCAUAACUACUGAUUCUUUGCAGUUUAUAUUUCUGUUACGACUACAUGAAAGAUAAUGAUUUCUCUAAGAAAAGGAUUGGUGUGUGUAUCUAGUACUCUGUGUAAAAUAGGUACUUCUGCUUUUCAAAUAGAGGAAGCUACUCAUUCUCAUAAAGCUGUAGGUGAUAAGCACGUUGAGUGUGUGUAGACUUCUAUAAAACUUAACUGCUAAGUAAACCGUCUUUCAUGUGUUGUCACACUGCAGCAACCAAGCGGAAACAUCUGUUGUAUGUUGUUGGCUGAUUACUGCCUUUGUGUUUGAUACAGCGUACUAAUUGCCUUAUUUAGGUGGCAUUCUGGGUUUUUCUUUACACUUAA